AUGGGAGGUGGUAUACAACGCAUGUUACCCGUGACGUUCAUGCUGGGAUUCUUGAAGAAGUUAAGUCGCAACAGUCAUCAUCGCCGGUUACUUCAGAUCACCGUCUUGCUCUCCCUGAUUUGGGCAAUCAUCAAAAGACUCAAGAAGCAGCGGGAGUUGCAGGCCAAUCCUGCCCGGGGCCUACCGCUACCCCCAGGCCCGUGGGGCUGGCCAAUUAUCGGUAUAAUGCCAACCCUUGCUCAUGGUUACCCGCAAAAAAUCAUCACAGAGAUGAGUAAGACCUACGGCUCAGUCAUGAGUUUCAAACUGGGCAGUCAUCUUGCUGUUGUCUUGAAUGACUUUGACACUAUCAAAGAGGCUUUCGCCAAAUCUGGAGACAAAUUCAGUGACCGACCUAAGGUGACUAUGUUCGAGAGUAUCCAUCCUGCCGGUGCUGGUGUUGUGCUGUCGUAUUAUGACAAUCAUUGGAAAGAGAAUCGUCGGUUUACCCUCAGGACUAUCAAAAAGAUGGGCAUUGGAAAAGCAGCUAUGAUGGAAAGCAAAAUUAGCGAAGAAGCUCGGUUCGUCGCACGAAGCUUCGAUGAGCAAGGAGAUCGACCCUUUCAUCCAACGUACUUCACCAAUCUUGCAGUAGCCAACAUGAUUAACUCCUUGGUGUUUGGAAAACGAAACGAUUAUCAAGAUCCGCUGUUCCUCCAGGCGAUUUCAAAGAUGAUGGAACUGUUUAAGGUGUUUGGUGUUGGUGCUGCAAAUUUUCUUCCCAACGUGAUGAAGUAUGUUCCUGGAAGUCAAUUUCGGCAAGCAAUGAAGAUCGUAAAGUUCUUCGAGGAAAAGUGGUACGGCCCUCAAAUUCUCCAACACAUCGAGACAUUCAAUGCAAACAACAUCAGAGACUUCAUCGACCAUUAUCUCUUAGAGAAGUUCUUCAAGGAGGGCUCAAUCCAUUAUCAAGACUUUCCAGCCGUCUUGGGGGCCGUUGGUGACAUGUUUGGUGCUGGUCUUGAGACCACGUCGACCGCCUUAGAUUGGGUCUUCUUAUGUAUGGUGAAGUAUCCUGAGGCUCAAGCCAAAGCACAGAGAGAGUUAGAUAAGGUAGUAGGACGCUAUCGGAUGCCACAGUGGGGUGACAGACACAACUUGCAUUAUGUUAUGGCCUUCUUAGACGAAGCUCUGCGCUGGUCUGCAGGAGGACCUUUUGGUGUUCCUCAUUCUCCAAUCGAAGACACUGACUUCCGCGGCUACUUCAUCCCAAAGAGUGCUGUGGUCAUCGCCAAUUUGCAUGCCGUAAUGUACAAUCCUGAAGUUUUUCCUGAUCCAGAGACCUUCAAACCUGAACGGUUUCUCAACGAAGACGGCAAGUUCGUUAAGCACGAGCAUGUGGCGCAAUUCAGCAUAGGUCGCCGCGCAUGUCUUGGAGAGCAUCUUGCCAGGAUGGAAAUCUACAUCAUUGCCACUCAUAUUCUCCAUCAAUUCACACUAACGGCACCAGGAGGCAAUACAGACAGUAUCCGAACUGACGGCAUCAUUGGUCUGACCAAAAAUCCUCAUCCGUACAAAAUAUGUUCUAUCCGACGAACAGAUACUUAUGACAUCACUGAAAUACCUAUGGAUCUUCUUUCAGAUGAUAAUAAUAACAACAAGGAAGACAGAAAUAACAAUAACGAAUGUAAGCACGGUGCUCGUUGA